AUGUCAUGGGCGCUCUGCGAUACGGUACACGUGUACGACCGCCGCCACGAGCAGGCCUUUGACAUGCGCAACCUCGCGGGGCACCCCUCGCUGGAGCCGAGCAGCCACUGGAGACUGCCACCACUUCCAUCCGCAUGGCUUGUCGGCCUCUCGACACCGCCGAUCUUGUCGCGCGUCCGCUUGCACAAGCUCGAGGCCAGCGACUCGGCGCGCUAUCAGCUCCUGCGCAAGACGGCGCGAACGCCACUGCAUCGGAACGUGCGUGGCGAUGACGGACUGCAAGCGCUGGCAUUCUCUUUGUCGCUGCGCCAUCUCAGCAAGGACGAGAACGGCUGCCCUGCGUAA